AAAAAAACAAAAUGCAAAUCAAGCAACGAACCUUCAUCAUCACCGGCGGCGCCUCCGGCCUCGGCCUCGCAACAUCCAUUGACCUCUACUCUCAAGGCGGCCACAUUGCCAUUCUCGAUCUCAACCCCGAAUCCGGCGCAGCAGCAAUCCAACAACUCCUCUCCUCUUCUUCCUCCAGCAGCUCCAGCGACGACAAAAGCAAUAGUCCACGCGCCAAAUUCUUCUCCGUAGACGUCACCGACACCUCCUCUCUCCAAUCCGCCAUCGACUCAGCCGCCACAUGGGCCCAAUCCCAACACGCUCCCUUGGGCGGUCUCAUCCCCGCCGCAGGAGUCGGUAAUCCCGCGAAAUUAUUAGAUAAAAAUCUCAAUCCCAUUCCCAUGGAUACUAUAGAUUUUGUCAUUGAUGUCAAUCUCCGAGGUGUUCUCAAUACCAUUCGUCUCACUUUACCGCAUCUUGCGCGCAAUGAACCUUGGGGUCCCGAUGGGGAACGAGGAGUCAUUGUGAUGGUUUCGUCUUCGUCGGCGUUUGAGGGACAGAUUGGUCAGUUGUCGUAUGCGGCGACCAAAGGCGCCAUUCGGAGUAUGACGUUGGUGUUGGCGAGGGAUUUGGCUGGGAAUGGAAUUCGAGCGGUUUCCGUCGCGCCGUCGUUGUUUGAGACGAAUAUGUCAAAGAUGUUGCCCGAGAAGGUUCAGCUUGCGUUGAGGAGGCAGGCCGAGUGGCCGAAGAGGUUGGGGAGGGCAGAGGAGUUUGCCGGGUUUGUGAGGUGUGUGAUUGAGAAUGGAUAUAUGAAUGGGGAGUGUUAUCGGUUGGAUGCUGCGACGAGGAUGACGGCGAGGAUGUAGAGAAUUGGGUUUUUGUCAUGAUGGGCGUUUUUGGUCUUUUUUUUUUGCUGCCUUGGGUGACAAACAGACUUACUGAGGAAUGAAAAUAACAGAUUUGUAGAGAAAACAGAUGCUUUCGCUGCUCUAGCUAAGCAAAAUCAAGAGAUGUCAAG